GGUAUGGACACCGUAUAUUUGCGGAUAUUUAAAUACAAAGUAGCAGAUCUAAAGCGUUACUUUGUCAGUCAAACGUCAGGUAUCGAACAACGAUAAUAUCAUGGAAGAAUACAUUCGCGUUGAAGUUGUACCAGAAAUAUUAAAGUACUAUAAAAAAACUGAUAGCAAACUUGACAAAUACGAGCUGCGAUCUCUGCAAGGAGAGAUAAAUAAUUUCAACUCAAGUUUGUAUGAUUUGAAUUUAAGUAUUUCGGGAAAUGAUUAUUCUUUUGUGCUCAAAACUAUAUUAGAUGACUUGGAAAGACAAAAGCUAUCCGAGAAUCGCAUACUAUUCACCAACGAAGCUCACCUUUACAAUGUCGUGGUUCCAAUAUUCAAGAAACUGCUGUUUCAAAAAAAUUUUAAGUUCGUACCAGACGUUCCUUACGCUGUAAUCAAAGACGUGAGAUCAAAAGAGAAACUGAACCCCCUAGAUGGUAUCAUCGUCGUGGAAAAUUUGGUGAAAGAAGGAUACAAGGUGGUGCCGGGGAAAAAUCUGGAUAUGGAACAUUGUGUCGUUGCAGUGGAACAAUUGGGAAGAUGGCACGCAUUGUCUUUAGCCAUUAAAGAGCUAAAUUCGGAACAAUUUCAUCAAGAAGUAUUAACUGGACUUGAAGAAUGUACCUGGAGCAGGAAAGCAGGUGUCCAAGUCCGCGAAACGAUAACCAUAUGUAUGAAAAGACUUUUCAAGUAUGCAAAUUAUCCAACAAAUUCAAAGACUUACGAAGCAAUGAAAACACUGGAGAAGGAAAACGAGAAUCUUUUACAAUAUGUAGAGAAGCUCAUUAUGAGUAGCAGAAAGUCAAAAUUGAGCGUUUUGUGCCACGGUGAUUACACUCAAAAUAAUCUACUUUUCAAGUAUGAUAAAAAUGGAACACCGAUAAGCGUAAUUCCAGUUGAUUACCAGCAGACACGUUUCGCAUCACCAGCUUUCGACUUGUCACACUUUAUUUAUCUGAAUACCAGUCACGAAAUACGAGAAAAAUAUUUCCUCGACUUGAUGAAAAAGUAUCACGCAUCUUUAGUGUCAACGAUGAGCGAAAUUCUGACACACAACAAACUGUCCACCGAUAUAUCCACUGUACUCCCAUCGCUGGAUUCUAUUUUAGAAGAUUAUCGCCAGUACGGUGCCUACGGCUUGAUUUAUGGACUAUUUUUUGUCCCAUGGAGGAUGGGAACCGAAGAGGAAUUUGCCAACAUAAACAAGGCUGGGCAAACGGGCAACAGAAUGGGUGCAGAAUUUUCAAACGCUGUAUGGGCUAUUGGAGGUGAAGCUGGGACAAAUGCGGUGCUUGAAAUUUUCGACACGGCCGUGGCAUUGCAUAGAGUGAACAUAUAACGGAUUCACAGGGCAGAAAAAGUCCAGUUGCUGGCAUUCUAACAACAGAAGAAACAGAAUAUUCUGUGCUAUG